GCAGCGGCGGGCGCGGGGCGGCGGCGGCCGCCUCCUUCCUGCUGCCGGCGCGGGGGCGGCAGCGCUGGCGCGGCGGGGCCGGGGCAUCGCGGGCCCGGGCGCCUCCUCCUCUCUCCUCUCCUCCCCAUGGCCGGGAACUUCUGGCAGAGCUCGCACUAUUUACAGUGGAUUUUGGAUAAACAAGAUCUAUUGAAGGAACGCCAGAAAGACUUGAAAUUUCUGACUGAAGAAGAAUAUUGGAAACUACAGAUAUUUUUUACUAAUGUUAUCCAGGCUUUAGGUGAACACCUUAAAUUAAGACAACAAGUUAUUGCCACUGCUACAGUCUACUUCAAGAGAUUCUAUGCCAGAUAUUCCCUAAAAAGUAUAGAUCCAGUAUUAAUGGCUCCUACGUGUGUGUUUUUGGCAUCCAAAGUAGAGGAAUUUGGUGUUGUUUCAAAUACAAGGUUGAUUUCUGCUGCUACUUCUGUAUUGAAAACUAGGUUUUCAUAUGCCUUUCCGAAGGAGUUUCCUUAUAGGAUGAACCAUAUACUAGAAUGUGAAUUCUAUCUCUUAGAAUUAAUGGACUGCUGUUUGAUAGUAUAUCAUCCUUAUAGACCUUUGCUCCAAUAUGUGCAAGAUAUGGGCCAAGAAGACAUGCUGCUACCUCUCGCAUGGAGGAUAGUGAAUGACACAUAUAGAACUGAUCUUUGUCUGCUGUACCCUCCUUUCAUGAUAGCUCUAGCUUGCCUACACGUAGCCUGUGUUGUCCAGCAGAAGGAUGCAAGGCAAUGGUUUGCUGAGCUAUCUGUUGAUAUGGAAAAGAUUUUAGAAAUAAUCAGGGUUAUUCUGAAGCUGUAUGAGCAGUGGAAGAACUUUGAUGAGAGGAAAGAGAUGGCUACUAUUCUUAGUAAAAUGCCUAAACCAAAACCACCUCCAAACAGUGAAGGAGAACAGGGUCCAAAUGGUAGCCAGAACUCUAGUUAUAGCCAAUCUUAAGACAUUCCAAAGAAUUCCUUUAUGGACCACUUUGACUCACUCAAGACAUCCUGGGAUCUUUCCUGUGUUCAUGAAAUGGACAGAAGGUUUUAGUAUCAUCUGUGACAAAGAACUUGAAGAAUAAAUAGCUUGUGUCAAGCAUUUUGAAAGCUUUUUCUCUAAAACCGCAUCAUUUUCUCUGACGCUGGAACAAAUGUACUAAGAUUUUUCAGUGUAAGGAAUCAAAUGUUAAACCAAGCUGAAAAAGAUUAACACUAUCCACUCAAAACAAAUAGUUCAAUAUUGGUUUUGUUUCUUUGAGAAAAUUGUAACUUGCCAUUGAAGUGAACUAUUUUUAAAGCGACAGAAACCUGAAGCCUAAGUGUAACUGUAUUAGUGACUUGUGUUGUCUUCAUUUUGUUUGUGACUGAAGGAAGAUAGUGCACUCUAUGUUAAAUCUAUUCAUUACCUUGAGUUUUGCUGAUUUUUAAAAAAUGAAUAUGGAUCUAUAACAUGUAACAGAGCAGUCUUUCAGAAACAAAUCCUAGAAGAGCAUUCAAAGAAUAUUGUUACAGUUUUAAUGAAAGCUGCAGGAAAGAAACUCAGUUUCUUUUUUUGGAUUAGAAAAAUGCUGGUUUACUCAGUAGAUGUAUUUGGAUAGUUUUGCCAUGAAGCGUAAUAGCCCAGCUUACCAGAAAAGUGCAAUAUGUACAGUGAUUCUGCAGUUUUCCUAAAACAUUUCAAUUAUUAGGAAUUUAAAAACCCCAACAUACUAGGAUUUCUUUUUUUUUGAAAGUAAAUGUACUGUAUAGUACAAUUGGAAUAUUUCAGUCAAGUACAAAUCUGGAUAUGAUUGCUAAUUUUUAUGGUGGAUUUUUUUGUACAAGAUAUACACUGUUAGUCUGCCUUCACUGUUAGUGUGAAUUUGUGUGGUUCAUUAGAGAAUCUAUUUAAGAGGAUCAAGCUUUUGGUGAGCUUCAUGCUGGCUAGUUAUUUUAAUUGUGAUGUUAAGAGCAACGCUGUAGAAUAACUGAAAUGGGAUUCCUUGGUUAACUAUGUGCUGGAGAAAAUGAGAUUCCUUCAACCAGAAGGCCAUAUCCUGUGUUUCUUACUCAGGCAGAUACCCACUGAAGUCAGGAAUUGGCCUAAAUCACAUUUCUUUAUUUUUAGUAACUUUGUUUCAAAUUAAGUUCUGUACAACUUCAUUUUGAAUGAUAAUGCUGACUUGCCCAAGUAUAAAAAUUGAAUGAUAAAAAAAUAAAGUGCAGUAACAUUUUUCAGCUUUUUUUUUUCUCUCUGAAGCAACACAUUUCACUGGUCUGAAAUACUGGAGGGAAAAUCUUAAAACCCCUUGUUUUAAGAUAUGUCUUGGUUCCAAAAACUGACCCCUUAUAAAAACCCAGUUUUUGCAAAUACUUGUCUUUGUAAUUGUCUGGUCAUUCAGUGAAAUAUAACUGAAGUGUAUGUAGCCCAUUAGGCUACUAGCAUUUAUUUCUGUUCAGGUUAUUUUCAUAAAACUGUAGGUAAACAAGCCCAAUCCACUGUGGUGAGAUAAAAGAUAUAUACAUUUUGGUCUUUGCUACUCUUGUUGCCAUUUGAUCCAUACCUUUUUAUAGACAUUUGAUUGUUGAAGUGGAAUUCGGCUAUUUGCCUUUGUUUCUUGAAGUCUAAAAUGUGCUAUUUGUAAUGUGGACUCGGGGAGUAGAAAUAAAUCAAUGCAACUUGA